AUGCAAAACGCAUCGAACGGUGACGAUGUGAAUCAUGGCAGCUACUGCGAUCGCUUGAAAGGCGAACUAAGCCCUUGCCAGGACUGGUUCCUGACGAAAGACCAGUGGAGUGGCAAGGACCUUGACGUUGUCGCAAGUUUUUGUCCCAGCGGUAUUUCCGUCUUGGCAUGGAAGAUUGUUGCCACGGGGCUGACGUGGGGCACGUUGUUAUACAAUUGGAUUAGUGAUACCCCAUUGCCUUCCUUCUUUUUGGCCUAUCUGACAAAUUGGUCUUUGCUUAUUGCUUGUGUCUAUCACCUUUGCAGCAUUACCAAUACGCUUUUGGUAGCGCGUACCGAACAACCGUUAGAUCACGCCACGGGCCGAAUCAAAGCCACCUGGGUUUUUUUCGUAAUUGCAUCGCAUGCCCAAAUGAUGGUUACCAUAUUCUACUGGUAUUCGGAGUGGUCUCCCGGAGAUCCAGUGGAGUUCUCAAACAUCUCAAGCCACGGCGUGGUCAUGAUUUUGACGUGGCUGGACGGCAUCGUUGUAAAUCGUAUUCCCAUCCGAUUUAUGCAUUUUUGGGGGUUAGUAGUACCCUAUGAUCUCAGCUACAUAAUGUGGACCGUUCUUCACGCUUUGGCUAACAUUGGAAAUCCAAACAAAUCUGACAAUGAUCCAAAUACAAAUGAUGAUGCCAUUUACGGCUCCACAUCUUGGAAAACGAACACUGGGGCAGCCUUGGUGACGGUAUUUAGUGUCAUCCUUGUGGCGAGUCCACUCGUUUUUCUGUUACAGCGUUCCUUGACUAUGUACUCUCGGCCAUUUUGCUGUGGCGGAAAUCGUUUGAGAUAUGUAGAAAAAACACAAACAAAUGCUGAAGGUCUCAACUGA